AUGGUUGAAAUGAGGCCAUCAGAAUGUCCAAGUCUAGCAAUUCAUAAAUCGUUAGGAUCAAUCCCAUCACAUAACUUCAAAUCAACUAUUGUGGCAUGUACUGGUACACCAUAUGCUUUUUUAUAUGGAGGGUUUGAUGAAUAUGAUGCAUUGGAUAGCAAUGUGUACUUACUAGAUACAUCAACUAUGCAGUGGGAAAUAGACAACAAAAUAGAUGGUUUAUAUCGAGAAGGACACCUGUCAGUGUACAUAGGUAAUGGUAACGUUUUAGUAUAUGGUGGCCUACCAUUUGAAGAUGAAAUCCCAACACUGGAGAGUAGACGGUUUAAUAGUAGACAAACAGCGUCAACAAGACUGGACACGAUGAAUGGUAGUACUGGAGAGAUCAAAAAAGAUAGUUUGAUGAUGAUUUAUAACAUUUUCGAUAAAAAAUGGAUAGGCCCACCUAAUUUUGCAUUGGAAAAUUGUCCUAGUUCGCGAUCAAGGCAUGCCUGUUGCUUAUCUCGUGAUGGAUCAAAACUAUAUAUUAGUGGUGGGUUGGUGAAAUCUACCCCUUUAAACGAUUUAUACUGUUAUGACUUGACUUUAGGCAUCUGGCUGGGACCAAUUGAGUUUGUCUAUAGAUUUGAUCAUACAAUUAUGAUGUACGAAGACCGGAUUUUCUCAUUUGGCGGAUUAGAUAAGGAUAUGAAUCAUGUUAAAUCAAUAACUUAUUAUUCUUUGAAAACGAAAGCAAUGGGAGAGAUAUAUUUGAAUUUAGAUAUCACCAAUGUGCCUCCAACAGGAUUUUAUGAUCUAGCCAUCUUAAGUAGCAAAAUCAAUCCAUCCAUAAGUUUAUUUGUUAAGUUGCCAUUGUGGAAUUAUCCUAACAACGGGCUUAGCAUUUCUUGUUUUGAUCUUGGGAAAUUUGAAGCACAAAACUUAUUUUCACAGAAUAAUCUAAGUCACUAUUUCAAGGAUAAAAAUAUGAACGACUACAUUUGGAAAACAGCAUUUGUUAAUCACGAAGGUAAAUUGUACUUGUUGGGAACACAAAAGAAAAAGCAAAGGAAUAGCCACCCAUUUGGUGCUUAUUUGAACACUAGCAGUGACAUGAACGAGAAUAGUAUGGUGGAAGAAGAAGAUGAAGGGCACGAACAUGAGCCUGACAUUGAUGGCAAUGGAAGGAGAACAGACACAGGGGGGGAGGAGGAAGAGGAAGACGACGAAGAGCAGGAAUCAGCCCGACUAAACUAUAUAUUACAAAUCGAAAUACAGAAAUUUGGUAUCCCGUCACAACUAGAAAAUCCAUUAUCAUCGGAUUACCAUCGACUACUUGUGAGUUCCACAUUUACUGAUUUUGAAAUUAUUGCAUUAGUCAGCAAUGACGACAAGGAAAAAGUAGAGGCCCAACUAGAAUAUCAAACAGAAUCUAUUAGAGUCCAUAAGACCGUUCUUGUAGCCCGCUGGCCUCAUUUCCAAAGAAUGAUACAAACAGGAAUGAAUGAGGCCUUACAAAAUAGGUUGUUUCUUCCCGAGCCAAUUAACCGAAUCAAAGCUUUGAUAUACUAUUUGUAUGUUGGAACAAUUGAGUUUGAUGAAAAAUACAUUGGUGAGCUCACCUUGGUUGAUUAUUCAGGAUUACUUGUUUUAACAAAUUUAUACGAAUUAAAAGAGCUUGGAUAUUUAUUAUUACAGAAAUUGUUCAAAUUAUUUAUCCUGUUUGAUCAUAGUUUUUCUGACGAUGAAACAUCCAUAUCAGUAUUGUUGACAAUCUGGAGAGAUUUGGCGUUUUCCAACGAAGCGAUCUUUAUUGUGACAGUAUUGGAGUUGAUUAAACGAAAAUGGGCAAUCAUAACCAGAUCAAAAACCUUCCUUUCUCUAAGUAAAGAGGAAAUUGUUAGAUUAUGUCAAGAUUCAACUGAUGACUCACCUUUAUCAAAAAGUCCCAACCAAAAUCAUUCGUUAGACACACUAGAUACAAACUUGAUUCCAGAAACACCAACAAGAAAUACAAACUCUCCAUUUGUGAUUGAUUCGCCUGCAAACCAUUCAACAAGUGUCUUUGACUAG